GAAGAAAGUGCUGUUGUGGAUGUCCCAGCAGAGGCACCCGCGGCUACAGCUCCUGUGGCUGUAGCGGCUUGAUCACGGCACUGAUACUCAAAGACCAGCCAUGGCUUACGGGACGAUGUACAAUACUUGUGAAUACCAUUACUUGCUUACGUCCUGAAACCCUAUCGUUGCAAGUCGCCGCCUUGAUCAGUUGUCCAGAUGACCAGACCAUCUCUAGGCAUUGAAGAGCUGUGGAACCUUACUUCCGCGAACAUCCAAUUACUAGACGACCAUCUGUUAUCAACCCACCCCACAUUCGAAACACCACCUUCCACACAACCAUGGGUGCGCAUGGCCAUCUCAAAGAACACAGACGGCACAUUCCAAGGCAUGCUCCUCGAACGUGGAGUCCUCUUCGCCGAGACUAAACACUGUGCAUCACCCUACGAAGCAGUAUCGGAGAUGUUCAAGCACACUUCUACCUUGGUGGCCCAAACACUGGCUGGGGACAGGAUGGCACUGAGGGUCGGAGGACAAAAGGAAGAUGGGACCGUGAUGAGAUUGGAUCUACUGCGAAGGAAGCCUGUUGAAAGCUUUGAGAAUGUUUGCGAGCAGUGGACGGAUGAGAAGGGUCGAAGACGGUCUAGUGCUCAGGAGCUUGAGAAGGAUAUUCUUCGAGGGGUUUGAACCUUGGAUGGCAAGGUCGAGUGAAACGAUGAUCGACGUCCUAGUAUAUCAGAGCAGUUCUUGAUG